AUGCACCGUAGAUAUUUCUUUAUUGGCAGUGUCCGCAGUGUGACACCCCCCGCAGAGCCGUUCAGACCCGGAGCUCACGACACUCAAGACCGGUACCGCCAUACGGAGCUCUCAGACCGGCCGAGAAUCACGUCUGCUGAGGUGGGCUUGGAAAACAGUCUCACGAGGAGUGGAUUAUUCCGAGGACAUCAGACUGAAACCAUGAGCUGGGGGACAGAGCUAUGGGAUCAGUUUGACAACUUGGAGAAGCACACACAGUGGGGCAUCGAAUUUGUCGAGAAGUACAACAAAUUUGUCAAGGAGAGAUCAGAGAUUGAAGUCGGCUAUGCAAAACAAAUCAGAAAUCUAUCAAAGAAGUAUCAACCCAAGAAGAACUCGCGGGAGGAGGAGGAGAGCAAGUACAGCUUCUGUCGAGCUUUCCAACAAACACUUAGCGAAUUGAACGACUACGCCGGUCAGCAUGAGCUCAUAUCGGAAAACCUGACCAUGCUAAUCAUUAAUGAGCUGUCACGGUUCCUGCAAGAACUCAAAAGUGAACGGAAAUCGCACUUCCAAGAAGGACGUAAGGCACAGCAACAAAUCGAGAGCUCGUGGAAACAACUGGAAUCAUGUAAAAGACGCUUCGAGAGGGACUGCAAAGAGGCAGACCGGGCGCAGCAGCACUUUGAGAAGAUGGACGCAGACAUAAACGUGACUAAGGCAGAUGUGGAGAAGGCACGACAGCAAGCGCAGAUGAGACACCAGAUGGCGGACGACAGUAAGGGCGAGUACUCCUCCUACCUGCAGAAGUUCAACCAGGAGCAGAAUGACCAUUACUACACACAAAUACCCAGUAUUUUUCAGAAACUUCAAGACAUGGAGGAGAGGAGGAUCGAGAAGCUAGGGGUGUGCAUGAAGACGUUUGCCGACGUGGACCGCCAAGUUCUGCCCAUCGUGGAGAAGUGUUUAGACGGAAUGACGAAAUCUGCGGAGUCUAUUGAGCCCAAGACCGACUCAAAUCAGGUGGUGGAGUCGUACAAGUCGGGGUUCGAGCCUCCGGGAGAUGUCGAGUUCGAAGACUAUGGACAAGCCAUGAAGAGGACCGUGUCAGAAAAUAGUUUGUCUAAUUCCAGAGACGUCAAAGAAAGAUCCACAGGAAAAAGCAAAGGCAAACUGUGGCCUUUUAUAAAGAACAAGAACAAGCUUAUGUCCUUGUUAACGUCCCCCCGCCAGCCCCCACCCGCUCCCCCAGCCACAUCCUCAUCCUCUGCUGUUCCCAACGACCCCCAGUCUCCCAAGCAGCACAAGGAGCCCCUGUCCCAUCGCCUCAACGACUUCAUGACCUCCAAACCCAAAAUAUACUGCCUACGGAGCCUGAGGCGAGGGCUUUCUCUCAAGCUGAUCACACUCAAUUCCCACGUCCGGAAUCUCAUUGAGGGAUCUGGGCCAGAGGACUUCAGCCAUCUCCCGCCCGAGCAGAGACGAAAGAAACUACAAGGAAAGCUCGACGAUAUCAACAAAGACAUUCAGAAAGAAAUGGACACAAGGGAUGGACUUUUGAAGAUGAAAGACGUUUAUGCAAAGAAUCCCCAGAUGGGCGACCCGGCGAGCGUGGACCCGCGGCUAGCAGAGAUCGGGCAGACUAUUGAGAAACUGCAGGCAGAAGUUCAUAAAUUCGAGGGGUGGCUGGCAGAGGUGGAAGAAAGAAUGCCUUCCAAAAGCGAUUCGCACCGAAAAAGUGUGAUUUAUGAAACGCAAAACAACACAACAGCCGUGAGCAACAACUGCGCACAGGACAGAGAGAGCCCCGACGGCAGUUACACAGAGGAGCAGAACUCGGAGACACAGGUCAAAGCCAGCACCGACCCUACACCCUCCACGGCCGACGAUGACGAUGAGUUUGACGAUGAAGAGACGCUGCCCACCAUCGGCACCUGUAAAGCGCUUUACCCGUUUGAAGGUAAAAACGAGGGCACUAUAGCGAUCGCAGAGGGGGAGCUGCUGUAUGUGAUAGAACAAGACAAAGGCGACGGCUGGACUCGCGUGCGCAGAAACGAGGAGGAAGAAGGAUACGUCCCCACAACCUACGUCGAGGUCUUUUUGGAAACAAAUGCCAAAGGCCUUUGGUAA